AUGUACAGACGUCGACUCGUGAAAAAGGUUAAGCCAGAAUUCCCAAAGACCCUUGAUGGUUUCGGCUACGUUCUCAAGGACAAUGGCGAGAUUCGAGACAAAGAGACUGACCUUGUGGGCGACCUGGUGGAAGAACGUCUGCAAGCUGAACCAAUUGGCUUCAAUAAGGUCACGAUCCCUGUCGAUGCUGAUCCUUCAGAGGAUCCUCAUACCCACAUUUUCAUGACUCCAAAUGCCUUGACGGCACCCGACAGACUCCUCGUACUGAUUCCAGGCAACAACACACGUAUCGGUCAAUGGACUCGACGAGCCAUGUGUGAUGAUAACAUCAACUCAGGUUCGAUGAUUGAAGUAGCAAAGUUGGCCAAGGAGCGAGGAUAUGAAACCAUGAUUCUGAAUCCAAAUGGCAUCUUCUGGUACGAUGGCAAAGCCAACGAAAUGCCGCCCCUGACCCAUAUGAAUUUCCUCAUGUUGCCAGAAAACGAUGGACCGGAACAGCAUUGCAGAUACGUAUUUGACCAUUUUAUCAGCAAAGCAAAGGCCAAGAGAAUCGUCGCAAUGACCCUCGGUUGGGGUGGCUUCUGCUUGACUGAGCUACUGAACCAAAACUUCGACUUUUUCAAAGAACGAGUGCAAGCUGUGGCAAUGGCGGACAGUACCCAUUCAAGCGACCUGGUUUCAAGCGAUCGCGAGCGCAUCUGGAUACGCAAUCAUGUACUGAAUUGGUGUGCAUCGACCAAUGCUCGUGGAGAACCGGUCAAGGACACCCGGCUUGGAUGCGACUGCAUCUCUUCUGGUGAUGAGCUGGCCGAGUUUACAGUGACACAUUGCAUACAAGACAUGCUGCGUUUCAUUGAUACGAAGAUGGGCGACUAUAUACCUGAGGAAGUGGACGAUGAGAUUAUCCGCGAAGAUGAGCAAUUGGAAGUUGAAGAGGCCGAGCUGGAGGAGCACGUUAAGAUAAUCAACAUUAGCUAA